UGUAAACAAACUAUUAAAGUCUCAGCAAGCGGGGGCAACACCAGUUCAGUUCGUGUUGUUCCAUCGGUGUGACCAGUGGUUUGCAGUGACCUGUUUUGUGUGUGUGUGCAUCUCACACGCGGUGUCCAACAUGGCCAACAAAGCGGCCGUAACGUUCGAGAAGCCCCUGCAGCAUCUCAGCCUGGCCGAUUGGCACUCCCGGCUGACGCAGCUGAAGAACGUCGCCUACACGCAGCGCUCGGACGCGUUCGAGCUGCGCCAUUCGGCACGCAAUCUGCGGAACGAAACCCGCAUCCAGACGCACUGGGACACGUACCACAACAAUGACCGGCUGUCGGAUCGGGUCGCCGAGCUGGACCGCUGGCGGGAGAAGAUGCGCAUCAUGCUGGGGCGCGUGGUGGACGAAAUCCAGGCGCUGCGGGAGGAAAAGUCCAGCACCGAGCGCGACCUGGACGGGCACAUUACGCCGCUGACGGUGGUGACGGAGUGCAUCGGGAUGCGGGACUGCCGGCUCGGGUCGGAGCUAACGUACGACGAGGGCGACACCGAGCUGAAGAACGAGCUGUGCAUCGUGGAGAACAAUCAGCGGCUGCUGCGCGACCAAAACCAGGCCGCCUGGGAGCAGCUGAACCGGCUGCAGGAGGUCAAGUUCAAGCUCGAGCUCGAUCUGACCGAUAAGGACGAGGCGCAGGCGAUCGAUGCGCACCAGCUGCAGGUGGACCAGCACUGCGGGGACGUGUCGUUCAAGACGGAUCCGACGCGGGUCCCGCGCGACUCCUGUACGUACGGCAAUUGGCUGGAGUACUGCGAGGAGCUGGUGGCGCUCACCGAGAACACGCUGGCCGAUUCCUUCUCCAUCCGCGAGUCGCUGUUUGCGACGCGUGAGAAAGCGCGCAACAUUCUGCGCGCCCAGCAGGACCGCACGGCCCAUACGCUGCGCAAGCGAAUCUUCGAAACGCAGCGCGCCCGGAACGAGCUCGAGUAUCAGCUCGGCAAGAUGAAGGAAGAGAUGGCCAAAUGUCUGCAGGAGAUCGAAACGCUCGAGCGAGCGCACGACCAAAAGACGGAAGCGCUCAAGGUGGUGGAGACGCGGCUGGAAAACCGUGCCCAGCGCUCCGGCAUGGAGCUGUGCAUCGACGAGUCGUACCACGGGCUGUGCGACGAGGUGCAGAAGCUGCGCGACACGAUCAAAACGCUGCGCGCCAAGAUCGACGCCACCAAGACGACGUACAACUCGCUGCGGGAUCACGCGAACAAGAUCGAUCAGGAUCUGCAGAACAAGCAGCACUCGCUGAUGACCGACAUCCGGGCGCUGGAUCUGCGCGGCCGGCUCAAGACGGGCGAGUUUGGCGGGCUGCCGACGCAAACCGACCGCAACAUCCAUCUGUCCCGCGUGGAGGACGAAAUUCCCAAGACAUAAACGGUGUCCCCCAGGGGCUCGAAAACACCAGCCAGCCCACACCCCGUCUCCCCCUUAGUGCAAGAGGGGGUAUAUCAUCGAAAAUUAUUACGUGAGAGAAAAUUGGAAGCAAUCAAUAUGAUUAUCACCACUGACCGCUGGCACUCAAUAUAGUUGUUAGUCGGUGUGUGUUUGUGUGGUUUGGCGCGUUCGCUCGUUACGCUUUUCACACUUUGCGCCGUGCGCCCGCGUUUUCCCUUUCACCGGUGAGCGCGCACACCAGCCUUCUCCUCCGUCUUCUACUGCACCACUGCACCACGUGAAAGUGAAGUUUGUUUUGCGCACCUGAACUCGACAGCAAUAAACAAAAUAGAAAUAAAGCUCCGUGCAUAACCGCAUCAGCACGGCGUAGCGCGCACACACAUGGCUGCUCGGGCUGCUGGAUUUGACAGCGUACAACCGCUUGGCACUAUCUAGUGUUAGUAGAGUGAGCACACAGCCGCAGCUAAAUAAAAUCACGUUUCCUUUUACAUCCCAGCA